GGUCGAAUGAUGCUACAGCGCCAGGCUUCGCACAGUCUGCAGGCGCUCGAGAGCCUCGAGAAGAGCCUCGGAUCGCUCAAGCUCAAGCGCAGCAAGCUCCGCUCCAAGCAGGCGGGUCUCAGCGACCAGGACGCCUACGGCGCGCAGCUCUACGCCAAGAAGCUCGCCUUGCUCGACGCCAGCGUCGAUGACCUUCAAGCGCGCAAGGAGGACGCCUUCCGCGUCGAGUUCUUUGACCCGGAGAAGAUUCCGCUGGUUGCCGCCGCGUACGGCGUUGUCAAGGUGCUGCAGGACUUUGUCACGAGAAUGACACCCGCGACAAGCGCGUACCUCGAGCAGCGCGACGAGACCACAGGCAGCACACCGCUCCUCGUGGCGUGCGGCAAAGGCUACGUCGACUGCGCCAAGAUCCUCAUCGCGGUGGGUGCCCUCGUCGGCGCCGUCAACAACACGGGAGCCACGGCGCUGCACUGCGCCGCAGCCGCCGGCCACCCCGAGAUCGUCCAGCUCCUCCUCGCCGUGCCGUACUUUGACCCGUACGUGCGCAACCAGCGCCAGCUCACGGCGCUGAGCGUUGCGCGUAUUGCAUGCCUCGAGCACGACCACUGGGCGAGCUUUGAAGAGUGCGCUCGGCUUCUGGAAGAGCGCUGCAGCCUCUACCGCGGAUGGCUCUACGAGAGCGUCGAGUCGUCGGUUGUCAAGAUGCCGCUAGGUCUCCGCCCGUGGAAGCUGCGGUUUGUCAUCGUGCUGCGCACCGACGUGCGCUCGACGUCCCUUGAACUGUCUUUUUUCGACGCCAAGCAAGGCAGCCGCCUCCCGCCCGUGCCGAUCUCGACGGUCGUGUACAAGCUUGGGACGCCAAUGGUGAUGCCAGGCACGCAGCGACCGUUUGGUAACAAGGAUCAUUCGUUCUACUUUGCCGGCGCCCACCGAACGCACGAAGACCAGCCCACAGUCAUGCGCAAGCUCGAGUGCGCGGCCUUGGAUGCAAAUGGCUUGGCGUCGUGGUCGACCUUCUUCGAGACCUAUAGCACGACCAAGGACGUCCCCGACACUCUGCUCGUGCCGCUCGCUGCAGCGACACCGUCCCCACACGCCACCGAGACCCCUUCUGUGCUGCAACAAGUGCCCCGGCGCUCCCGCCGCAGCCUCUCGGAGCUGACGUUGUCCGAGUCGAACGCAGUAGGACAUGCUGCACCGUCCACCGCGGCGACGCCGUCGGUGCUGCAACUGCCGUGGCGAAGCCGUCGCAGCCACUCGGACGCCAAGUCACCGGUCAUCGAGUCGUCGUCCAUGCUCCAAGUGCCGUGGCGCCACCAGAGCCUCCCGGAGCCAAAGCAGCUAGCUCUGCCCGAGCCCGAGGUACCACGAGACGUUGUGCCGUCGGCGCCGCUCUUGUCGCCGGUCAACGAGGCCGUUGCCGCCAGCGCCCCGCCGUUGGACGAGAGCGGGUUGCUCGAGGCGGGCCGCCAGCGCGAGUGCGUCGUGUGCUUUGACGGCCCCCAGAGCGCGGUCUGCGUACCCUGCGGACACAACGCCGUCUGCAUGCGCUGCGCCGACCACCUGCUCGCGGCGCCCGUGAAGCAGUGUCCCGUGUGCCGCUCGCCGGUGCGCGAAAUCAUCCGGCUUUUCCAAUGCUAAACUUUAAUUUAACCUACCCCUUCUUGAUUUCGGC